AUGCAGAGCCCCCAAGUCUGCUUUUCUCGCCAGGAUGACCUCACCGAGAGACAUGCCCAGGCCCUAAUCUGCAGAGGGGCACCGAUCCAUGUUGGGCACCUGAGAACCAUCCCUCACGCGCCCGAGCACUACUACGCUCUCUACACGACCACCUCCUCUGACACUAGGUUCAAGGAAGAGGAUGAUGCCGUUAGCCUCCAUGGAAUUAUGUCGGAGCUCAUGACCAUGCGCUUGCAGGGCCUCCCCGGAACUGUGACCUUAAACCAGUGGGUCUCCCUAUCGAGCGAGCUUCCCCAUGCUAUACCAUUGCGCGAUCCUGGCGUGCCGGCUUUGAGAGAGGUCGACCUCACAAGGAUUUUCAAGCGACUCAAGGAGAUUGAGAUGGGCAUCGAUGACGAUGAGCACUCGAUGCAUCGGAGCCUUUACAAGUACUUCUUGCGAGACCAGGACAAGCUGUUCAGUCUCCAUAAGCCACUUGACAGGCAAAUCACCGACCUCAUCCAGGUGUUGUCGAAGCCGGAAUGGAUCGACUUCACCAACCCGAGGAACCAGGUGCUACUGCUUAGUCUCGAACUCGACCUGCGGAUUAACUCUAGAAAGCACAAUGAAUGGGCAAAGGAGAGGCUCCUCUUUCAGAUACCCCCGAGUAUCCAGUGGAACAUUGCACUCGCCCGGAGGUGGCUCAAGUUCAUUCGGAUAGAGGGGUACGGACCGACCCCUGAUCACAUUCACCUUCGGUAUAAGUUGAGGAAGCGACAGGUCAAGAUUCUGGAAAAGUUUGCCAAAACCAUGAAAUGGCCAAACCUGGAUGAGACCUUGAACACGUUCCCCUUCCUCAUCAUGAACACCUUGAUCGAUAUGGACCCUGAUAAGGCGACCGAUGAGUUAGCGUUGCUUACGCACUUGUACCCGAGCUGUGGAUUCCAAUACCGUAGCAGCUAUACGUACUGGGCCGCCACUUGCAUCGUUGGCAAGGUUCUCGCACCCACAUGCAAACUUGCAGCCGGCUGGGUUGGCCCCGGUAGGCCGACCGCGGACCUCGGACGCACCCAAAUUGCCCGCAUACGAUCACGCCCACCACAACAGCGCUUAACACCGGAAGACGUCACGUCGAUGGCUGAACGAUCCGACCCAUUGGGACCACCUGCAGAUCUCAUCCCCGUUAGCGAAUACAAGCUCAUCCUUCCAGACCCUGACGACAUUGUCGAUACAGUCCGUAUCGAGCGGCUUUGUUUCCAGCCGAUCCAAGGCCAACAAGUGGAUGCUGGUCCUCAGUGGUAUGAGGCCCGCAUCCAGUUUGCCAUCGAUGGCGUGUCAUGGCCCCUGCGGCUUGCGUACGACGUUUCGUUCAUUUCAGCGUGGCCAUGCAUUAAUGGACCUCACCCGCUCUUCUUCGACUACGCGUACUCCACCAUCAAGGCUGACCAGAUUGUGAACAUCCACGAUUGGGGUGGCUUGUAUGGCCUUGCCAACACCCAGGCCAUCUCCCCCAGGCCUGAGGACAGCGGAUGGGAUGCUAUUGUUGCCGAUGUGCGCAAGACAUGCGUUGCCUGCGCCAUUCGCGAAGCCUACGCGGCGACGUUGACGGUUGUCAUCCUUGUAGAUGAUCAGCAAUAUUUGAACGAAGACGAUUAG